AACUACUUAAAACCACAAAAAUUUUCAAAAUCCUGAAUAUGAGUAACAACAGGACGUAUUGCAUGCGCAUUGGAUCACAUGAAAAUAUUAUAUGAAUCAUAAUUGUUCUAGAGAAGAUAUAUUUUCCCGUCAAGAAAUGCGAAUCUUAAACAUAAGAAAGAAAAGAAAAACAACAUGCAUAAUAUUUGCAAGUCAUGUAAACUCUUUGGGAGCUUUUUUAAGUUUUUUUUACCUGAUAACACAGAUGGACAAAAAAUAGAGAGAAGAAUGAUAGCAACAAACAUCAUCAUCAAUUAUCAACGAAAACAUAAAGUUUCUAUCACUGCGGUUGGAUGCAAGAUCGGAAAUUGUCGAAGCUUUGCGGGAAUUGUCGAAACGUUUGCCGCUAUCUUGCGGCAACUUUCCGACGAAGUACGAACUACAAAAAUUUGUUUACUUGCUGUACACACAAAAAGAUAAAGGAGCGGAUGGCGUCCGGAAAAUCACUCGCAAGAACCAAGAGUGGCUUGCGAAUGCUACCUAACAAUGAACAAGAUCGUUCUCCUUUUACAAUAGAAGAACCACCGUGGCAACCUGAUGACCAAUACAAUUCUUGUAUCAAAUGUAAAGUUGUGUUUGAUUUUUGGAAGAGACGUCAUCAUUGUCGAAGAUGUGGAAAUUUAUUCUGUGGAUCAUGCUGUGAUCAAAAAGUUCUCUUGUUAAGACUGAAUUUUGUGGAUCCAGUUCGUGUUUGUGAAGAAUGUGCAAUUGUUGCAAGAAAAGAAAAUGAAUUCUUUAAUAAAUCUCUCAAAGUUUUAAUUCAUGGGGCAAACUUUUACAUUGGCAAUUCGUGCGAUAAAAGUUUUCACUGUCAACUAAACCACAAGAAUCACAGAGAAAUCAUAAUUGGCAAAGGUGAAGGUGUUAUUGAUUUAACAGAGUUGGUCUCUGUAAAAACUAUCUCAGAGAACCCUGAAACACCAGGUUCUACCUUACCUGUAGUAACUGGGCUAAUAUUCAAAUGCAAAUCUGAGAGGAAAAACAAGAUAGAAACUGUUGAACUUCGAGCUUUAGAACCAUCACAAAAUGGCAGGAAAGCAUCAUUAAAUUGGAUCAUCGCCAUGCAAAAAGGAAUAAAAAUAUUAUUUGAAGCUGGAAACUGAUGAAGACUAUGAUGAUAUUUGGUUAAUGUGUAAAACAAAAGUGAUAUUUUACACCAAUACUAUCAUGAAGUCAUUUACAAUUAACUAGUAAAUAUGUAGAAACCACCAUUUUUACCAUGUGUGUUAUCUAUUGUGUGUUAUACUUUAACCAACUGAUAUUGGCAAAUAGUUUGGUGUAAAUUCUUAAUAAACAUAUUUGUAUAUAGUAGUCAAAAGGAAUAUUUUACAAAAUUAUUCAUUUUUA